GGAGUCGCCCAUUCAUUUGUAUCCCGCACAAUCUACGGAAGCACUGUGUCACUUUAUCGCUGGGCAACCUCUUGAUACCAGCCGCUAACGACAAGCAUACUCGUUUAUUUAUUAUUGCACACCAGCAUGGCGCACCAUCCUGAGUUUAAGAGGGCCGGGAAGAAGCCUGGCCUCCAGGUGUGGAGAGUUGAGAGUCUGGACCUGGUGGCUGUGCCAGAGAGUCUGUACGGCGGGUUCUACUCAGGGGACGCAUACCUUGUUCUUAAUACCAUUAAGCAAUGUUCUGGGCAUCUACAGUAUGACCUUCACUUCUGGCAAGGAGAUGACUGUACACAAGAUGAGAGUGGAGCAGCAGCCAUUUUUACCAUCCAAUUAGAUGACUACCUGGGUGGCAAACCUAUUCAGUACCGUGAGGUGCAGGGUUACGAGUCAAGAACAUUUUCAGGCUACUUCAAAACUGGACUGAAGUACAUGAAAGGGGGUGUGGCUUCAGGGUUCAAGCAUGUGGUGUCCAAUGAGGUUAAGGUGCAGCGUAUGCUCCAGGUCAGGGGUCGGCGUGUGGUUCGAGCCACAGAGGUAGCAGUCAGUUGGGACAGCUUCAACCAGGGAGACAUCUUUAUCCUCGACCUGGGCAACGAGGUCUAUCAAUGGUGUGGUUCCAAGGCCAAUAACUUUGAGAAGCUGAAGGCCACUCAGGUGUCAAAGGAUAUCCGUGACAAUGAACGAUGUGGGCGGGCUGAGUUGUACAUAUGUGACGAGGGGGCAGAAUGUGAGAAGAUGCUGGAGAUUCUUGGACCCAAACCCGAUUUGCCUGAGGCAAAAGCAGAUGACACAAAUACAGACGUGUCCAAUAGAAAGCUGGCGAAAUUAUACAAGGUGUCUAAUGGGGAUAUGGGCAUUGAUAUGGUAUCAUCGGAGAACCCGUUUUCACAGAAUGCCCUGGAGUCAAGUGAUUGCUUUAUCUUGGACAAUGGCCCCAAUGGCAGGAUCUUUGUCUGGAAAGGUAAGGACGCUAACAAAGAGGAGAGAAGUGCAGUGAUGAGUGCUGCCGAACAGUUUAUCACAAAGAUGGGCUACCCGAAACACACCCAGAUCCAGAUCCUACCUGAGAAUGGGGAGACCCCUCUGUUCAAGCAGUUCUUCAAAAUCUGGUGUGACGCGGACCAUACAGUGGGGUUGGGAACCGCCUACGUGUCCAACAAAAUCGCCAAGAUCAAGAAGGUGCCCUUCGAUGCUUCCACUCUCCAUCACUCGGAUGCCAUGGCGGCUCAGCAUGGGAUGGUGGACGAGGGGAAUGGAGAGAAGCAGAUCUGGCGUAUUGAGGGAGCUGACAAGGUGCCUGUGGAGCCCUCCACUUACGGACGAUUCUAUGGGGGAGACAGCUACAUCAUCCUCUACAACUACCAGCAUGGAGGCCGUAACGGACAGGUCAUCUACAUAUGGCAAGGAGUGGAUUCUAGCCAGGAUGAAAUUGGUGCCUCGGCCAUCUUGGCUGCUCAGCUGGAUGACGAGUUGGGAGGAGGGGCAGUACAGGUGCGGGUGAUCCAGGGUAAGGAGCCUGCCCACCUCAUGAGUCUUUUCGGGGGGCAGCCGAUGGUAGUGCACCAGGGUGGUACCUCCAGAGAGGGUGGCCAGGCCCAGGCUGCAGACACACAGCUGUUCCAGGUGCGGUCCAACCCUGCUGGCUGCACACGUGCCAUAGAGGUUGAUGCUGCUGCCUCAAAUCUGAACUCCAACGAUGUCUUUGUGCUGGUGACCCCGGCAUCCUCCUUCAUAUGGGUGGGAAAGGGGACAAGUGACAGUGAGAAACAUGGAGCUCAAAAGCUAAGUGACCGUCUAGGGGUCUCAGCCUCAGAGCUGGCCGAGGGUGAAGAAGCAGAGGACUUUUGGGAUGCUCUGGGAGGCAAAGCAGACUACCGUACCUCAGCCAGACUGAAAAACAAAAUGGACGUUCAUCCACCACGCCUGUUUGCCUGCUCCAACAAAACUGGCCAGUUCGUUAUUGAAGAGGUGCCUGGGGAGAUGACACAAGAAGACCUGGCCCCAGAUGAUGUCAUGCUCUUGGACACCUGGGAACAGGUGACUAGUAGAGGGAUUGUCAAGGUGCAGCCAGAGCCACGUUCAGUAGCCGAACAUUGUAGAAAUGCCAUGAAAAGAACCAAAGUGAUUUCUUAUUCCACAUCUUUGUUUGGAUCGGAGGUGAAGCUCAUGAGGAGGAGAAGACAGAGGGUAUUGCCUCAGGUAAGCAAUGCUGUUCGUUACAUAGAGACAGACCCUACCAAGCGGGACAGCAGUACACCCAUAGUGAAGUUAAAGCAAGGUCAUGAGCCUCCUACGUUCACUGGCUGGUUCUUGGGCUGGGACCAUGGGUACUGGAGCAGUGAUCCCCUUGAAAGGGCCAUGGCUGGUCUGCAUGUCUGAACCACUCCAGGGUGAGGUUUCCCCUAGUGGCAACUUCACCCAAAGCCUUUACUUGACUCAUUUGUGCAACUAGCUAGGUAUCCCCAUUCCUUUCAACUGUUAGACUGCCGAUGGAUAAUGUCUUCACACUAUUGCGGUUUCUUGAAGAGGGAAUCAUAAUGUAAUUUCCUUACACACUCAAUACUGUUAGCCCAUGUUUCUUUAGCAGUACAUUACAUGUGUAAUAAAUGAGACAUGGGUUUCUUUGCUUCUGUUCCAUGCCCUGUUGAGCAGAGUUCAGAUACUCCUGUUUGAGAAUCUU